AUGCAUUCGAGCCACACCGAUGACCCCAAGGAAGCCAUACAGCUGAUCAAGAAGCAACUGGUGAAUGCCAUCAAGGCAUUGCAGAAGCAGUACGUGACCUCGGAUGCCGUCGUGACCAGCGACGAUGGGAACGCGAACACGCUCUGCAGCGCCCUGGAGGCUGUCUUUGUGCACGGGCUGAAGGCGAAGCAUAUAAAGGCAGAGAGUGGGGGGAAAGGCAAGAAAGCAGGGGGUCGGGGACCACUUCCCCAGCCGGUCUUCUGGGGCCUGCUGAAGAGCAUCACCCAUCGAAAUGUUGUCUCAGAGCUGGAACAGCUCAUCUUUAUCAAUACUAAUCCAGCCGUCGGCCGCUGCCGAGCCUGGCUGAGGCUGGCUUUGAACGAUGGCCUCGUGGAGUGUUACUUGAAGCUGCUGCUGCGGGAGAGGUCCCGGCUGCCCGAGUACUACCAGACAUCUGCUCUGCUCUUAGAUGCCGAAGAGUGCGAGUUUCUCCUUAGCUACUUGCAGGGCUUAUCGUCCUUAACCUUCGAGCUCUCCUAUAAAUCAGCAGUUUUGAACGAGUGGACUAUCACCCCUCUGUCCCUGUCGGGUCUGUGUCCUGUUUCGGAGCUGCUGGAGCCCCUCGCGUCCUCGACAUCCGAACCCCGCAGGAAAGCGUCGCUGGGUUCGAUCUCCCAGUCGUCGGGAUCGGAUGAGAUCGAGAUUCAACCCUCCGUCCUCCCCAUCGGCAAAGCCAGCAGCAAAAUCAAGCUCACGUUGUCCUCGUUGAGCCUCAACACCACGAGCUCGUCCCAGCUCUCCUCCAGCCUGGGCUCCGACAGCGUCCUCCCGGCUCACUGCGCCCGCAGCCCUGAGCGGAGCGAGGAGCCGCUCUCCUGUGACUCCGACCUGGGGACGGCCACCGCUGAGGACCUGGAUAGGUCGCUGCAAGAGGUGUUGUCCGAGUUCAGCAAAGCCAAGCCAAGCCUGGAAGCCCCGGAGGGACAGCUGGUCCCCA